AUUUCCCGGCAAUGCCAAUGCUGCAACAGCAUUGCACUAACCUCCAAAACCACCACGACUCACUCCUCUCUAACCUUUGAUUCCCUCCUCCCUCCAUAUGCAAUUUCCUCAUCGCCCACUUCAAUUUCUCCCAAUUUUUUGAGGGCGGAGUCGAAUUCGAUCACAACCAACAUGUCAACCUCCAUCCUGCUCUCCCACCCUCUAUCCCCACACCUUCAUCUCCCCAAACCCAAAUUCCGUCCUCCUAUAACCUCCAAAUUCUCUUGUUUCGAGCUAAAAAAUGUUUCCCUGCGCCGACCCUUCAAAUCCCACUUUACAGGUGGACCUCAAAAGCUCAGGAAACUCGUAUUAGCGCGAGUGGCGGAAACUGAAGCCGAGAGAAGUGAUGUUUCUCCGCUGGUGGGUGAGGAUUCUGCCGAAUUCGUCUUGUCCGAGCAGAAGAUUUCUUCGUGGGUUUAUUUCACUCUGGUUUUGGGCGUCGUGCUUUAUAUUCUCAACGUGGCUUGGAUUGACAACUCCACCGGUUACGGUAAAGUAUUCAGCGACGCUGUUUCGAGCGUUUCCGGCAGCCCCGAGGUUGCAAUGUUGGUUCUUAUUCUCAUAUUUGCACUGGUUCACAGUGGCUUAGCUAGCCUGAGGGACACAGGUGAGAAACUCAUUGGAGAACGAGCAUUCCGUGUAUUAUUUGCGGGGGUAUCUCUUCCGUUAGCUGUUAGUACUGUUGUUUAUUUCAUCAACCACAGAUAUGAUGGUGUGCAGUUAUGGCAACUUCAGGGUGUUCCUGGACUACAUGAGCUUCUUUGGUUCGCCAACUUCGUUUCCUUCUUUUUCCUUUAUCCUUCGACUUUCAACUUGUUAGAGGUUGCAGCAGUUGACAAGCCCAAGAUGCAUCUCUGGGAAACUGGAAUAAUGAGAAUAACUAGGCACCCACAGAUGGUUGGGCAAGUAAUCUGGUGUCUUGCUCACACAAUUUGGAUCGGGAAUUCAGUUGCAGCCGCAGCUUCUGUGGGUUUGAUUGCGCACCAUCUGUUUGGUGUUUGGAAUGGAGACCGGAGAUUGGCCAUACGAUAUGGUGAAGCUUUUGAAGCUGUUAAGAGUAGAACUAGUGUAAUCCCAUUUGCUGCUAUUCUCGAUGGGCGCCAGAAGCUACCAGAAGAUUACUACAAGGAAUUCCUCCGGCUGCCAUAUAUAUCAAUAACAGGAUUGACGUUGGGGGCGUACUUUGCUCACCCACUUAUGCAGGCCGCCAGUUUUCGUCUUCAUUGGUAGCUUCGCCUGCUGUAUAUUUCCUCCGCAAGAGUAAGUCUCGGUUUCAUGAUACUGUUCCCUUUAGUGAAUGGAAGCAGUGCUGUUUGUUUCCGGCUGGAGCAUUUUGCAAGUGUUUAGAUAACUGCAGCAUGGUUUGUAUUUGUCGAACGGACGAGUAUUAAAUAAGGAGGUUUAUCAACAAAUGAAACAUAGAUCAUUCAAAUGUGUAGUAAAACACUAAACAGUUAGCCUAAUACAGAAUUAAUUUCUUGCAA